AGUGGAUGAGUUGAGCGGGAGUGGCGGCCGCCGGUGGAGUGAUUCUGGCUGAGGUGUACCCACGCAGUGUGGGGACCCCCGGGUCCCGAGUCCGGCCCGUCGCUGAGCUCCUCUCCCGGUGAGGAUCCCCAUGGCGGAGCCCACCCGGCAUGCCGUGCUCGGGGUGAACGUGUCCCGGCUGGAGGAGCUGAGGCUGUGCCCGGGCGGCAGCCGCUGGAUCUGGCAGUUCUUACAGCAGUGUGUGCAGAGUGACUGGGAGUACUGGAGCGUGCUCAUAGGGCUGCUCUCCAUACUGUGCUUCCUGCUCGCUGCAUUCCCGUGAGUGGCUCGGAGGGAGCAUGGCUCCAUGUCCGGGGGGCGGGUUAUAUAGAGCGUCUCAUAGGCCUGUGUCCAGGGAACCCCACAAUUUAUUAUUUAAUGGGGUGUGAAUGUGAGUCUUGUGUAAGGCUGGCUGUGUGUGAUGUGAGUGAUUAUAUGUAACUGUGAGUGAUCGGUUUAAGCCACUGUAAGUGAUGGGUGCUGCUGAGUGCAGCUGGCUGUGGGUGAUGCUGAGUGCAGGUGGCUGUGGGUGCUGCUGAGUGCAGGUGGCUGUGGGUGAUGCUGAGUGCAGGUGGCUGUGGGUGCUGCUGAGUGCAGGUGGCUGUGGGUGCUGCUGAGUGCAGGUGGCUGUGCUGCUGAGUGCAGGUGGCUGUGGGUGCUGCUGAGUGCAGGUGGCUGUGGGUGCUGCUGAGUGCAGGUGGCUGUGGGUGAUGCUGAGUGCAGGUGGCUGUGGGUGAUGCUGAGUGCAGGUGGCUGUGGGUGAUGCUGAGUGCAGGUGGCUGUGGGUGCUGCUGAGUGCAGGUGGCUGUGGGUGCUGCUGAGUGCAGGUGGCUGUGGGUGCUGCUGAGUGCAGGUGGCUGUGGGUGCUGCUGAGUGCAGGUGGCUGUGGGUGCUGCUGAGUGCAGGUGGCUGUGGGUGCUGCUGAGUGCAGGUGGCUGUGGGUGCUGCUGAGUGCAGGUGGCUGUGGGUGCUGCUGAGUGCAGGUGGCUGUGGGUGCUGCUGAGUGCAGGUGGCUGUGGCUGCUGCUGAGUGCAGGUAGCUGACAGGGCUGACAUAAAAGAUAAAAUAGAUAUCGGAAUUUUAUAACACAGUAGCUCACUUUAAGAUUUUAAAAAUAUAUAUUCAAUAAUAUAAAUUAGAAGUCCUCACUAACCCAAUCAAAUAUACACAUAUAGAGACUGCAAUCAGUCAUGGAAGUGUUCAUUUAGAAAGGCACACAUACCUCUAAUAUCGUCUUAUGAUUGAUUGUUGGGACCGUUAACCGCUGUUCACAAAAGGCCAGCAGGAGAGGACCCGAUUAUCAGGACUUUCCUUCUGAAAUCAGAACUGUUGGGAGACAGGCUCGUAUUUUAAAAAAUCUAUUUUCAUUUUUCAUUAAUAUUCCUUUAAAUUUUGGGGAGUUUUUAUUUUAUUUAUUUUUUCCUGUUGUGAUAACUAUUCCACAGUAGUAUUCUUAAAUGAAGCCACUUUGUCCAUGUUUGGUUUUUGCCUCUCUGUACGCAUGUGGUUCCAAAUUAAGAGGUUUUUAUUUUUUUUGUUUUUUAAUAAAUGAUUUGGGUUUUUGUUUUAUUUUUCUCCUAGUCAGCUGUAUGUUGCUUACAAAAAUGGAAAGGUUGAUCAAGCACUUUCUGUUGGAUUUUUGUUGUGUUGGUUUGGAGGUGACUUAACAAACUUCAUAGGCUGCUACCUGACCAGCCAACUGCCAAUUCAGGUAAACUAUUUUCUCAAAUAUUAUUAUUAAUUUUAAAAUAUGUUUGCAUUAUUAGCCAUACUUAAAAAAAAAAAAAAAAAAAAAUUUGUAUUAUUCAAGGGUGUUGUUUAUUGGUACAAAAGUCAUUGCAAGAUUGAUACAGUAUACAUAGUAUUGUAACAUUAAUGGUAACAUAUGUCACAUAGUAUGAAACGAGUUAGUAUAAGUGUGCCGUUUAAUACAAGGGAUGGUGGUUACUACCAACUCAAUUGUGAAGUUGGUUGCUCUUUGGCAGGCGGGCUUUAGUGGUAAAAACGUAUUUAUGGAUGGGGCAAUCUGUUUGAUUCAUCUGAUUUGAAGAAAAAUAGGGCAUUGGAGGGUAUGGGUCAGCAAUGGUGAGGAUGAGAAAGGAAAAGAGGGGGAGGAGAGAGGGGAAAAAAAAGAAAACUGGGAGAAGAAGCAAGGCGAAUAGUUAAUUAUACGAAUACAAAAUAGCUGUGGCUAGAAUAAUGGCGCUUUGUGGUAUUAGGUGAAAUUAUUUGGUUUAGCUGCUACAUGCACUUAGUGGGUUCUCCAAAAAAAACACUAUAAUUGUCAAACCAGAGAGAAAACAGAUUACCAAAUAGUGAGUCAGUAUACAGAAACUCUCACACUACUUGAUAGAAGUGCAGCGCUAAGUGUAGUGUUAUAGUAGUGCAAAUUGUACGCUUGCCCCUUACAAUACACUCGGGUUAUACAUGUAAAAUAAACACUACUUGUUUUCUCACUGAAUAGUUAAUUAUCCCCAUCUCAUCGGUACAUCAAGUUGAGAGGGGAUGUGGUCCAGGUCCGGCAGUGUAUGUGUCUUUAGGUUCUGUUGUAUGGUCAGUUCUGUUUGGUCUGGUAUUCGUAUUCCAAGCCCAGGGUUUGUUUACCUGGUUGUCAGCCAUUGGAGCCAUUGAAACCAGAUCUUCAGGUACAAUUGGUUCUUCCCAUCCACUGUCAGGGUAAGUUCCUCUAUGUUCCUGAUGUCUUCAACUCUGAUCCAGUAUCCAGUGGAGGGGGGCUGAGAUCUGUUUCCAGUAAGUCAUUUGUUAUUCGUAGUCAGUGAUAGGGGAGGUCAGGUGCAGCAAGUAGCAUCCGUGAGUGCGGCUAAUAAACUGUAUGCUUGCAUUUAAACUAGUGUUAAUGAAUAUGCAUAUAAUUUGUUUUGUUUUUAAAUGCAUGAUUUUUUUUUUUUUUUUAGACUUUUACAGCCAUUAUUUAUUGCAACAUGGACAUAAUCAUGAUUUCACAGUAUGCCUACUAUAAAUUAAAGAACAAUAAAAUGAAAGGUAAUUUUUCUUCCAUCUUUCUUUUCCUUCAGUAGUUUGUAAAAGCAGUGAGUUUAUGUGAAGAAUAUGUAUGAUCAUUCUGAACAUUAUCACUAUGGGGUUUAUUUACCAAAUGGUGAAUUGUACAAAAAAAAAAAAAAAAAAUUGACUAAAUUUAACAAAGUCAGAAGCCUAAGUUGGUGGAUUUGACCUAUCUGGCUAUGCAGGGCAAAUCUUCCCUGUGAUGUUGGCACGCUGGCUUAGCUCCCGGCGUUGGAACGCAGUAAUGUCAGUCUGUUCCUAUACUCCUUAGCUGGGUCUUAUUAAGCCUGUGGGAGGUCUUUUCUGCUCUCCCUUGUCAGUCAGUGCCUCCGUUGCCAACAAAGGCAGUGUGCCAGUGGCACAGAGGAGAUUUGCCCUGCUUGGAGAUGCGUCCCAAGCCGGGAAAAUCUCGGUUACGUCUGCGCACUGGAUUUGUUGCCAGCCGAGGAACCACAGUGCUAUGGGAGGUCUUUUUCUGCUCUCCCUUCAACAGAGAGAAACCAUUAUUUUUAAAUGGGUUUUUCUCCGAAUAUAUACAUUUUCUAGCAAAAUGUAUAGUUAAAAUCUGGUGCUCAACCUAAUGAGCACAAGUUGUUUGGGGCAGGGCAGGUCCUGUUUAUUCUAGCAGGCAUUUAUGUGCUUGAAUGCCGUCGAUUAAUUUAUUUAUACGCUAUUAAGCAUGAAAAAUAUCAAAUGAUUUAUUGGUCAUUGACCUUGUAGGUUUCGCUACUUGCAAUUGAGGUCAUGGACAUUGUUUGGCUUAAAAAAAAUAUUUUGAAUAUUUUUCAGAGAGUGAGUUUGAUUGGUAGAGGUGGUUGUAGAUAUGAUUAAAAAAAAUAUAUAUAUUGCAGGUCAUUGGCAUAUGCUAACAAGUCUCAAAUAGUUUACAAAUGCUAAGACGCCAUUGUAAUGUUCAGUAACUGACCAUACCUAAAGUGUUGAAAGUUCGAUUUUUGGUAAGGUUCAAUACUGCCACAAUCUCCAUGGAAACAAACAUACAUACGGCUUUUGCUGACCAUUCUACUCCUAGAUCGUUGUCCUAUCAUCGCACUUUAUACAUAUAAUCAUAAGUUUCUGCAUAAUGUAAAUUUGUUUAGAUUUGUUUUUUUAGUAAGUAUAUUCACUAAUUACAACCUGGUUCUUUUAGAUGUUGUUGGGACUGGAAGCUUGAAAGGAUUUUGCAUAUGCUGGGUCAUUUUGUGUAUAGUCUUAUCUGUUCUAUUACCUAGUCAGCUGAUACUCGGAAACCUAGACCGGAAUGCGGACGUGGAUAUGAGCCAGGUACAUUAAAUGGUUACUUUGGCUGUAUGUAUAAUAUCAAAUAUAAAGAUGUUUGGAAAAGAAAAUCUUUGUGCUAAGACUGGCUCGUAAUUUUCUCAUUGUAAAAAGUUAAUAACGAGCAGACAAACAUAUUCACUUCUCGGAGAGAGAAAAAAAACGAUGUAUCCAUAAUAUGCAUGUAAGCUAUGCACUGGUAACUGGCUACUUCCCUUUAUAUUGAUAACUGGAGAAACUGUGUUAAAAUAUAGCUGCUGCUUCAGAAAAUCCCUCUCCUCCUCAGUUUUUCACCGCCAAAAACCAAAAAGUCCCCUGCAUAAGAGACACUGUCAGAUGUUUACUUUCUCAUUGCAGCUGAAUUGACACAGGCUUGGGAGCCAGGACCAAUAGCCUACCUGUGCUAUAAUAACCACAAUAAGCUCAAGGGGUUAUGCUGCGGGAGUGUCCAUUGAACAUAAGUUCUGUCUCUUGUCUAUUUUGCUAUGUAUAAAGAGGAUUAAAGUGUGUUUAUGCCCCUGACCAAAAAUGCAGUUACAGAUAUUUUUAGUUUCCCAUUCUAAUCUUUUUAUUGCAAGAGUGCUCAUGUCAGCAAAGGGUGGUGCUGUUUUAGCCUUGUGAACAUUUUAUGACCUUUCUCUUACUUGUCAUCACCUGCGACAAUAUCUUCAAUAACAAAUUGUUCAAAUAUUUAUUCUGGUGCAGCUGUUGUACCGGUCUUGUCCCAGCAAUAAUAUUUAGUAGUUGUUUAGACACAAUAGGGGAUUAAAAAUAAAAAGUAUCUAGAAGUUGUGCUUUUUUUGUACUGCCUUGAGUGCUCAUAAUUCACACUCCACUAACAGUUGACAUGUAGAAUUUAGCCUCACGUUAGUAUGCCAUAGACACUCCACGCUUGCAGUGUUUAGGAACUUUUUAGGCCUGGCUAGUAUUGUAGGGCUAGAAUUUCCCCCCACACCCCCACCAGUAAAUGAUUGUUUUGUGUAUUCUUUUACACUACACUUUAUUUUUAUCUUUUCUCCUCAAAAAGCAAGUCAGAACGUUUGUACAAUAUUAAACUUUAAUAUUUUUUUGUAUAAACGUUUUUAAAUGAUUUUUUUUUUUUUAAACCAUUAAACUAUAAAUGAGAACCUGUCACUAUAUUUAGUAUAUCAUUUUCAAAAUAUUUAAAUAAUUUUAAUAUAUAUUCAAAUCUAUUAAAUUAAGGUCCUUAUUCGUUAAAACCAAUCAAUUGGGUUGUAAGACAAAAGAUGAAUCUGUUCAGACUACUUUGAAAAUACUUUAAAGUGAAGUUGUUUUUUAUUUAUUUUAUUUUUUUAAAAAUAACACUUUUCAAAACACUCUGAUUAUGCCCCCUUCCUCCCCUGAUGAAUGCAAUAUUUAGUCUUCUGAAACUUUACAUAUCUCACUCUUGUAAUGCAUAAAUAAUAAGAAACAAUUUGUGAAAUUUAUUUAUUUUUUAGGAUAAUUUUGGCUUCACUGAAAUGUCUGGUUUCAUUUGUGGAUAUGUCUCUGCCCUGUUUUAUUUGAGCUCUCGUUUCCCUCAGUUGUAUAAGAAUGUAAGUAUUCAUCCAUCGUCUUUUUUUUUUUUUAAUUUGUGCUUUAUGUUCUAUAAAAUGUAAUUGUGUACGGUAUGUUUUGAAAAAUAAUGGGAGUACAUGUAUAGUCUGUAUUAUGUAACACUUUUAUUAUUCACAAAUCUUACCUAUAUUUGUCUGUCAUCACAUUUUACAGUUACCUGGCACAAUUUUACUAUGCAAGGUAGACCUAGAAUUGUGUCCAUGCACAUACACCCCCCCCCCCACCACCACAUUCCACUUUUAACAGGAAUUCACUCCACUACAUUCCAAUGGGGAAGCUAAAACUUUUCACUAUAAAUUACUUUGUAUUGUGAGACUUUAAGUCUCAGGCCUUUUUUUAGGUGAAACUGUUGAGGCUCUGGGUACUGACUUGUACAUUAUAUUCUUCCAUAACAGAAUAUAAUUUUGGUUGCUCCCAGAUAAUCCAUUCAGUGUAUGCAUGCUAUUAUUUUGAAGUUCCUAGUACAGCAUAUGUAUUUCUUUAUACAGUACUCACGUUUAAAACUCAGAUGCACUUAUUUUUAUUUUAACAGCUUUUAUUUGACUUAGAUUAGGGAUACCCUGAUAAUCUGAAUUUAAUAGAUUUCUAUCCCCAUGAUGGGUAUCUUUUUCUCACCAUUGGCAAGGUUAAAAAAUGUGUAUUUCUAUUGAUUUACGAUUUGUGACCCUGACUUUACACAGACCUCAAUGAGUUAGUAGGGGACUUGUGGAACAUAAUGCAUGUCAACCUGGUUGCUGAUGGAUAGACUCUGGCAUUUCAUAUGAACAGGAAAAGCGUUCCAAAUCAACGCUAUUUGUAAAGAAAACAAAGGUGUUAUUUUAGAAGAUCUAAGCUUAAAUAAAAUUGUUCUUAUACCUGAGUGAGUAAUGUAUUAGUCUCUGUAGCAUGGUUGAAUUCCACAAUCAUUGUAAACAGACAAACAUGUGACACCUCAAUCUUUGUGUAACCAUUAUGUAUAUUUCUAGAUAUCCUGUAGAACUGGACUGUUAUGUUACUUAUGUAAAAUAUUUGGUAUCUUGGUGCUUUUUCAAAAUGAAUAAUUGGUGGGGUGCUAAAUUUUUUUUUUUUUGUAACUUAACCUUGCCUGGCUUCCUGAAUACACUGCAUUAGAAAAGAUUGUCUCCAUGUUUAUUAUAAUGAAAUGGUUUUUGGUGUAUAGAUAAUUUCCCUAUUAUGUCACUGCUCAGUUCAUUGCCAUUAAGUAUUUAAAUUACUGUGGUUUUCCAGCCAUAUCUCCCCUGCACAAUUUAGAUGUGGGUCAUAAAAACCAAGUGUGCACUAUUUUAACCUGAAAUCCAUGGCUAACAUUUCUUAGCAUCAUCCAAAUAUCCAUCAACGUCCAAAAAUGGGAAUCUCCACUGCAAACGAUAACCCAUGGAUACCGGAGCAAUAAGAACUACUGUUACUGUGCAUAACACAUUUCUACGUCCACCUAUGGGCACAGUAUGUGUAUUGUCUGCAUUUGAUCAUUACAUUUAACAAGAAAGCAAAUCUGACAUACUACAACAGUAUUUACUUGACAAAAGGGGCUAAAAACCUCAGGGGAAAAAAUUGUCUUCAGGAUCAAUUUACUUGGCCAUGGAGGAUUGUGUUGCAGUGUGUUUGUGAUUGGUUUUUGGUUAUAUUUUAAUGACCAAUUCCAUGUCCACUUAUUGCACCUUGUGCUAAAACACAUUUAAAAUGACACUAUAGUCACCUAAACAACUUUAGCUUAAUGAAGCAGUUUUGAUGUAUAGAAUGUGCCCCUGUAGUGUUUCUGCUCAAUUCUCUGCCAUUUAGGAGUUAAAUAACUUUGUUCAUGCAGCCCCAGUCACACCUCCCUGCAUGUUACUUACACAGCCUUCCUAUACACUUCCUGUAAAGUAAGAUCUAACAGUUAUACUUCCUUUAUUGCAAAUUGUGUUUAAUUUAGAAUUUCCUACCCCCACACUGGAGCCUCCUGGAAUUGAUUAAAAUUAAAUUUACAGAGCAGGAGAUGAAAUAUUUUAAACAAAGUUAUAUCUGAUUGAAAAUGAAACUUUUUUAAAAUUUUAUUUUUAUUUUAAUGCAGGCUUUCAUUCAGUCACAGCCAGGGGAGGUGUGGCUAGGGCUGAAUAAACGUAAACACAAGUGAUUUUAACUCCUAAAUGGCAGAGAACUGACUAGUGAGACUGCAGAAGCAUUAUCUAUACACCAACAUUCCAUAUUACACAUUACAUAUAUUGUUGUAAUUACACAUUAAAUAUUUAUUUUCUACAAUUGCUUUAUUUAAAUGUUUGUAUUUUCUCUCACUUUAGUUUCAAAGAAAAUCAACAGAGGGAACAUCCUAUUUGCUGUUUGCACUGGCCAUGCUUGGAAACUUAACCUAUGGCUUGAGUUUGAUCCUGAAGUUACCUGCCUGUGGCCACCAUAAAAAUCUGUAUAUUGUACACCAUUUACCCUGGCUGAUCGGGAGUUUUGGUGUUCUUAUACUUGACUUUUUUGUAUCCUUUUUUAAAACAAAUGUCUUUUAGCAAGUGAUUGCACAAUUGUCUUUAGAGUUAAAUGAAAGUAGCUUGAACUGGGUAAAUGUGUGUCUGUAGCAGCCAGGUGUAGAAGAUAGGUGAAGAGUUUCACACUAGCUAUCUGUGAGGCAAGCAUGAUGGAUACCAGUCUUUGGCAUCCCUGCAAAGUUACGAAUACUCAGUAUACUUUUUCAUGCUAAAUCAGCUUGUGGAUUUUGACCUGCAGAAAUAUGUGGCAUUUCACAAUUCAAUUAUUUAUAUUCUUAAUUCUAUAUAGUGCCAGAGGAGGUAGUGUUAAAAAAGCUAUUUAAGGCCCAAUUCACACUUAAUAACUGAGGCAGAGAAAAGUCUAUAUGUUGUGAGCAACCUCUGUGCCACUUGUCACUAAUGCUGGCCUUGGUAAGUAGCCAAGUACACAGGGGAGUAGUCGCUGAGAUCUUCUUAAAGUAACACAGUAACGUCAGAAAUACAAGCAUGUUUUCCUAACGCUAUAGUUUUUAUCUAUCUAUUGGAUAGUGGUCUGGGUGCCUAUAGAGUUCCUUUAAGGCAAUGUGGGCUUCCUCUCAGUGUGCCUGUUUGUACACAAAGAGUACUUUGAUAGUGACGCAUCAUGAAUAGAUUAAAUUGUAAUACCUUCCUGAAGCUGAUCUUGUCAUGCACAUAUUUGUAGUUAGAUCCAUUUUAAUGUAUGCGCAACUUUACUGAAAAAAAAUAAAAAAAAAAUCCUGGCUAUUAACACAUUGAUGUAUGAAUAGUGAGGAACGUAACGUUGAUUUCUAAUACUGAAUCAAAAUAGCCAUGUUGAAAAAAGCUGGCUUGGAGACUUUUUCCAAUAUGGCUAUUUUAGGUUACAAUUUGGAGAUUUACUUUAAAUACUGUCCGUUCACUUUAGUGAGUAAACUGGUCUGAUUUUUGUUUCAUUAGGUAUCUAAAUAAGUGGAAAUAGUUAACUGUAAAAGCAGAUUACGAAUGUGUUUUUAAUUUUUUGUUUGUUAUACAUUAUCCUGUGUAUCCCAUGUACUUUCCUAAACGCAAGGAUUAAUAGAUGACUGCACAGUUCAUUGCCUAUCGGAAACGCAAGGUAGCUUCAUCCGAUUUAUUGGCGUUGGAGGUGGAGCCUUUACUAGUGGAUGAAGAGGAGACCUAAGUUCCAACAUAUUUCAUAGUUUACAUUGUUUUCUUAGUUAUUUGAAUGGGGAAUAUGUGCACAUUUUUUUUAUUUUAUUUUUUAUAAAGGAACCAUCAUUUCUAGGAUAUUUUAAAAAUAAUUUGUUGGUGUCCUGCCACAAAACCUCAUCUGCCUAACUAACAUUCUGGUUUACACUAUAACAUGCAAGAAAACAAGAAAAGCAUAUACAGGGUUAUUCACUGAAGUGAGAAUUUAAAGUGAAUUUCAAAUAUAAGGCCAGAGCAGCUGAAUGGAACACUUAGAAAACUUUUCCAAUUCGGCUACUUUGACCUUAAAUUUGAAAUUCACCUUGAAUUCUCACGCUGGUGAAUAAUACUGAUCAUUUUCAGCAGUCAAUAAUUGUGGUGCUAUAAAUUUUAAGUAUGUGCAAUAAUAUGUAUGAAUCACUGCAGGAUAAAAAGCAAUACUUUAAUUAUUGGGGUUAUGGCCUAUUUUGGCAGUGGUGUUGAUUUGUGUGGUAGCCACCCUUUUUUGGAAAUCUUGAUUUAGUACUAGAAAUUACUUGGGAUUUGUUCACGAGUCAUGGUAUUAUAGUGAAGUGAGGAAAAAAAAAAAUUGCCAAUAUAUUUAAGCUGGGGCUAGAGCAUAUUGAGAGAUUAUAUUUUUAUGUUUAAAAUGGGACACUUUAAGGAGUGUUUCACAUUUUUCCUUUUAAAGGGGACCUGUGACUUUCAAGGAUUUGUAAAAUUAUGAUUACCUAUUUUCUGUUCCUAAGAAAUAUUUCUUAGAUGUGAAAAAUAAAAUGUAGACAUUCAUGCCUGCAACUCGGCCCCUCAAUCUUGAAUCUCUGCCAAUCUCUUUUAAAAUACCCUGUGAUUAGUAUCUGGCAGUCAGUGUGGGGGUAUGAAGCUGUGAGGUUACGUAUAGGUAUUUGUGCCGUCCUUUGCACAUUUCAGAUGGUUUUGCAUGCAAGUGCCACAUUCAUAUGUAUAAAACUGCUAGUCCACUCCUUUUAUUCUUAAAUUACCUUUUUCUGCACUUUUCUGUAAUAAUUCCAUCUUUCCAUGACUUCUUAUUCCCCUCUUUUUUUUUUACUUCUAUUUGUUUCCCCUGAUAAUUUUAUUAUUUAUUGUAUUCACAAGAUAAGAUAAAUGAAUAAUAUUACAGAGGGGGAGACGAUUUGCAAUUUGAAGGAUUUUUGUGGCAGGAAAAUUUGUCGGAAUGACAAAGGGCAAUUUUGCACCUAUUUUUCUAUGCUUUUGGAAGCAAUACAUUUGUGAAACAGGAAAAUACAAGUAAUGGAAGAGGCGCAGUAAGGAAUAUUUUGGCACAAAUAUGGGAAAUAUGCACAAAUCAAAAAAGUGCCAGAAAACCAGCUUAAACAGUGAAGUUGACACUUUUUUAUACUUGUAUACUAUUUACAGUACUAGGACUUUAUACUAUAUACUUCUAUACAAUUGCUUCUGUUUUCCCUCAUUUGUAAUCUGUGCCUUGGCUUAGCCUUGAAAUGAAAUGGAUGAGGAUGUCACUUGCUAUAUUUUAUUGUUUUAAAAGAAAAAGGAGCUUCACAUAUGGGGAACAGGAAUUAACACAUUUGGUGAUUUUUCUGUGUUUUUUUAUUCUAUUGUUGAUUUUCCCAGAGAAGUGACUGUUCUCCUUUAAAUGUGUGUAUAGUGUUAUACAGAUUUGCCCUACUCAUUAUUACUGGCGAAUGACUGUAGGCUGUUCUUUAUUUGUAUUUUAUUUUUUAAUUUUUUUUAUUUUUUUUUGAAUGGGCCCACGUAUAGUUUCCAUUUUUCCAGUGGUAAGAUGGUCUGCUGACUGUCAACUCCUCCUUCCCUGUAAUUAGAGUGAUUGAUUGGUGUUCUCAGGUUUAUUGCAGUGCUUCUCAGAGAGUAGAGUAUUGUUCUUGGCUGAUACCUGGGAAGGUGCAACUUACUACUUUUCUAAAAGUGCCAGUUUCUCUAGCAAACAACACUUUUCUAAAAUAAGCCAUAAAAGUGAUAGUAAAUGACAAAUCCAUUCAUUGUGUAGGAAUACAUUAAACCAAUUUUAAUUUUAUUUUACCCUAAUACUUUUUUGCUUAUGUUUUAUGUUGGUAUAUUUAUUAUUUUAUUUUUUUUACAAUAUAUUGUAUUAUGGCCCAGAAUUAAAUAACGCGGGCUGAAAUUAGACCAGUGCUGUAUGUAAAAGCAUUUUAUGUACGUCUGUUUAGAGGACCAAUGCUUGGAGACUAUUGAGCAGCAAUUAUUAGCACAAUAUGUAAAGUUACGUGUGUGUGUGUAUAUAAAUAUAGUAAAUGUAUAUAUUUAAUAUUAAAAUUGUUUGUUAAAGUAUAAUAUACAUAAUUUUCCAUUGGGGUGUUUUUGGGGGAGAGGGAGGACAAGCGUACGAUUAAUAAAAAAAAAAAAAAAGAGUCUGCUUUUAAGAUAUAAGCAUUAAUUUAAUUGCAUAUUUUUCUAUAAACUAAAUUUUUUUAUUUUUUUUUUAAACAAAAAGAAUUUAAUACCCUUGCAAAGCUUAAAUGCAAUAUUUUGAAAAGACAGUAUAGCCUAAGUACUUGUACUAAAUAUUUAAAAUGUCAAUAGAGCAGAACCAACUUGUGGAGUCUUAUGUAAGUGUAAUUUAAGAGAAGUGAAUUUGAGAGUUCUGAUUCUAGGGAGUAACUGUAAUAUUUUUUAAAUCAUUAGUUAUGACCAUGGCAGGGCAGUAUUGCAUGAAGGAGCUAAGGUGGAGGUGGAGGGUUUGGCUUGUAGGAUAGCAAUCCGCUAUGUGAGAUUCAGAUUCUGCUAAGGAGUCUGAUACUUGAGUCAAAUCCAGUUCUACAACAGUCGGUCACUCCAUAGUUGAAUAAAACUAAAAGGAUACUAAAAAAAAAUAAGGAAAAGGCAAGUCUGUGUACCAGGCUUCUUCAGGAACAAAUAUGUAGAACUAGAUGUAAUAACAAAGACUUGAAGUGAUAUGAGUCAGGGUUAUGAGUCAGACAGUUAUAGUAUAGACCACAGUCAGACUCCUGCAGGACUUGAUAGGAUUUACAGUGUAAAAGGGACAGACAACAUCUUACUCUCAAUUCAAUGAUACUUAAUUUCCCAACGAAAUGCCUGAUCUCAUCAGUAUUCAUAAUAAACUGCGGCACUCGGUAAAUAAAGUGAAAAAAACAUUUUGAUUUGUUUGAGGGGGGCAGAUAAUCUAAAUAUUUAUAAUACAAUUAUCUAGUGUUAGGACUACAUGUUUGUAUUCCUAAAUGUAGGAACAGCAAGGCUGAAACCUAAACUGAAGCCAUAAGUAAAACUCCCCCACGAGGAUUUGGACUAGUCACAAAAGAUGGGUGGUUCAUAAAACUGCAGCUCAGAGGGGUGAAAUCUCAUAUCCUUCUAAAUCCAAACUUACACAAAUCCUUGAAUGACUUUUCAAACUAAUUAAAAGGUGCUAACAUGACAUUCCCAAUUGUAAAAAUAACUUAUGAUAAUGAUCAAUGAACAGAUUAUUUUGAGAAUUGUAUAGGUGGUUUAUGGUUAAUUCGGGUGUUUUGUUUUUAUGCACUUUAGGAAACUUCUUAAUUAUUGGGUAUUGACGGAGUAAUUGGAAAUGUUGCUGUUCUGAUUCGGCUAGUUAAUUUUUAUUUGACACGUCCGUUCUGUUUAAUUGAUUAGUUAUUAGUUGUGACACUGGCUGCCAGUGAGACAUUCCUGCUACUUAGAAGGAAUUCUACCAGGAUUGUUUAAUACCUAAUCCCUACGGGGUUUAUUUUCCAAUCUAUGAAUUGCAGCAGUUUGAUAACAGAAUUGCAAAAUCCAGGUCCUAAUAGCUGAAUUAAAAACAAAUAUCCAAUUACACUAAAGUCAUUACAUCGCUUGUUUAGUUUGAAUUCUGCAGAUUCUUUUUCUUUUCAAUGCAGGUCAGUUUUUCUUUUAUGUACCUGUGAAAACUCAGGUGUUUACUUUGUAACAUCUCUGUUUUUAUUAUUAUUUUAUACAGAAAGAUGUAUUGCAGUCCAUUCUUUUCUGUUUAUUUUGUUCUGUUACAUUUUUUAUGAAACAAUUGUAUCUUUUUAUGUUACGGAUGUUUAUAUUUUUAUUUAGAGACUUAUUAACAGUAUGGCAACUAUUUUAAUGCAGUUAUGACAACACUGCCUGCAAGUCUAUAGGAAAGUUGUUGUUUUUUGGGGGGGUGGGGGGUGUAAAUUGUUUUUGUUUAAAUUUUACAAUUUCAAAAUUGUUUUUUUAUUAGCAAUUCUUGUGAUUAUUGUACCUGAUACAUUAUAUACUUUGCACAUAAUGAUUCUUUGGCUCUUGCUUGUACAUUACGUUUGAACUGUAACAGAGUAGCUCAGUUACUAAUUUAACUUAUAGUAUUGCUAAAUUUAAUUCAGCAAGGCACAUUUUUAUUAUACUCUUUCCAGUGUCAUACAUAUUUCAGUGACACAAGGGAAGGCUGUUCUACUCUAGUAAUUGUAGUUCCAGGUGCUGAUGAUGUACCUGUUCUAACCAAUUACAAAUAUGGUUUUGGAUCGACUUUAUAUCAUGCAUCUGUCUGGACUGAAAAUGCAGCCAUUGCUUUGCUAGGAAAUAUUGCUAAUGUGUGUUAUUAAUCAGUGGCUAACUUCAGAUUCCAGUCUGCUCCACUUCCAGGUUUCCUUUAAAUAUGAUUGUGGGUGAUUUCAGGAUGUGAACCUAAAAUUUUAGUCUCUAGGAAAAAAUAAAUUAAUUUGUUCUUCUCUAGGCUGUCAUUCCUCACCUGAUGAAGAUUUGCAGGAUUCAUUUGGCGUUUUUUUCCCUUUCAUAAAAUCUACCUCACCUUUAUUAAUAUAUUAGUCAGUAAAAUUGGUAAAGUUAAAUUAAAGGACCCUUCUUCAAGAGGGGCAAUGUUCAGAAUGUUACACAGAAACGUUACAAUUUUAUUUGUAGGGGCACAUACUAGAUUUCAGCCAAAUUGGUUUUAAAUGUUGUUUGUGUCUUGAAAUGGAAACUGCUCUCCAGUAUCUGGCCAUGGCUUUGGAUAUUUACAUUUUGUUUUUCACAAGAAUUAUUACAAAACACCUGGGUAGAUACUAAAAAGAAGCUACCUGUGAAUGGUAUGAAAGGGUGAGGGUACUGAAGAUAUAUUUUUUUUUCCACCCACCUGUUCAUUAGAAUUACAAGGCCCUGCUAUGAGACUGUAUAGUUUCUUGUAAUUUCAACAAUAGCAAGGGUUCUGUCUCUCAGAAUCAUGGGUCCUUUUCUACAUUAACCAUUUCCUAUACCUCUUUGUACCACUGAUGUAAUGAUUUUUGUUUUAAUAUUUUUUUUUUUUUUUCAACAAAAAGCAACCAAUAUCAUAAAAUGCUUACACGGACAUUAUUGCAGGAGUGCCAGUGUUUAGAUUUGGUCCUGUAAUUACAUUCAUUGCAUUAUGUAAAUCUAUAUACGAUUUAGAUAUAAAUAAGCAUUAUUUAUAAAUGCAUUUGUCUAUAUUUAAAAUUAUUUUGUUCCAUUCACUUAUUGCCUCUUUUGUUCCUUGAUGUAAAAAUUGCAUAUUUUCUUUGCUAUAUUUAAAGAUCAAUAAAAUUUGCUAUACAAAAAGUU